AUGACCCUCCCGGCGCAAGGCAAGGAGGUGUACAUCACCAAGCUCAAGGAGAGCUUGGACUGGACCCCCUGGAUCAGGGGAAUCAAGUCUCUUGCGGUCACGCAUGAGGUCUGGGAUUACGUUGAUCCCGAUGGAACCUCGGUGUUGAAGGAACCCGCAGACCUUAGCUGGAGCGACGCUGUUGAGUCCAUUGGGCCAAAGCCCCUGAGAGCAGCCUUCGAGAAUGAGGCCAGGUUCAGGGAGGCCAAGGAAGAUUACGUCGAAAGUCUCCAGGAAGCUAGGGAGGAAUUCCGCCACCAGGAAAAAGUCAACUUGAAGCAAUACGAUCGGUACAAGGCUAGGAAUAAAGCCCUACAGCAGAUUCAGGAAGCUAUCAAGAACUCAAUCAGUGAGGGACUCCAAGGGGAGACCCUCCUACAGCUGACAGCUCGAGACAAGAUUCGAGAGCUUCGUCAGAAGGUUCUCCCCUCUAUUGAGGAAGAGAAGACCCUCAUCGAUGACCGCUAUCAGCAGGUUAUCAAUAAGAAAGGGGUCCGCGACUGGAAGGUUUGGGCCGACCAGCUGGACCAAGUUAUCCUUGAUUCAAGGGAUCUGAAGGUCUCCACGAUCAACGAUACGAAAGUUAGGCAGGACUUCCUCAAGGCCCUCGAGGAUUGGGAUGUCACAUGGGCCUCGAACGUACGACUUCAAAAGGGAGGUUGGGAUCAGGAAAAAGGGGAAGCCAACAAAGACCGUCAAUCAAGCAGGCCAAACGCCUACAACAACAACAACAGGGGCCGGGACCACCCGGAAAAAGUGUCCAGCCUGUGGAAGCCACGUCGUCAAGAAAGAUGA